AUGUUUAUCUGCGAUCUCUGUGACUAUAGCACUAAUCAAAAGUCCAAUUUGGAAUGCCAUCGUCGCCGACACGCGAAGGAUUAUAGUUUCAAAUGCGAAAUGUGUGAUAAGGGUUUCUUCCACAAGACCGAAUAUCUGGAGCACCAAAACGCGCAUACAAAUAAGAAUCUGUAUCGCUGCGAGCACUGUUGCAAGUACUACUUCUACAAGAAGAAUCUAUCAGUGCAUCUAGUAACGCAUCACACGAGCAAACAAACCGGCGUGCUCGCGAAAAACGCGAAGACGAGGCACGUGUGCAAAUUCUGUGCGGAAAGAUUCGUUUAUAAGAAACUGCUGAAGAGACACAUGAAAAAUCAGCACGGAUUCACGGAACACGCUCCGACGAAACAUCUAUGCGAUCUGUGCGGCGCGGAAUUGUCGUCGAUGAGACGAUUAACGGUGCACAAACGUAAUCAUAUGGGCGAGAAAAUCUUCGAAUGCGAUACGUGCGACAAGAAAUUUACUAGCAAGGAGAACUUGAGUAUCCACAAACGAACGCACACAGGCGACAAACCGCACGUGUGUCCGCAGUGUGGUAGAAGUUUCACGCAAAGGACGUCAUUGGUCUUACAUUUACGAUAUCAUUCGGGUGAGAGGCCUUAUCAGUGCUCGGAUUGCAGCAAGAGUUUUGUGUCCAACACUUUGCUCAAGAGGCAUCGCAAAAUACACGAGAAAACUGUGCAACCGAAGAUAAAAUGA